AUGGAAGAAAGGAGAUGUCCUGUAUGUAAGAGCGAUAUCUAUUUGAAUCCGGAUAUAGUGAUAUACAUAGGUCCUUGCUUUCAUAAGAUGUGCGAAUCCUGUAUGCUUAGGAUAUUUAGUAGGGGACAGGCACCUUGCCCUGAAUGCGGAACGGUACUAAGAAAGAUAAACUAUAUUAAGCCAACUUUUGAGGAUAUAAUUGUUGAAAAGGAAUGCAAGAUCAGGAGGACUCUUCUAAGGGUCUUUGGGAGAGAAGAAGAGGAGUUUGAUGGGGAUGUUGUCAAAUAUAACAAUUAUCUUGAAAGAUUUGAAGAGCUUGUGUUUGAGAUUUUGAGCUUCAAAACCGAAUCUCUUGUAAAAGAGAGAAUAAGAGAGAUUCAAGAAAUGGGACAUAAUUCUAUUCUCAAUCCUGUUCCAAAGGUUGGCCCUAAUAAGGGAAAGAACAUACUUCCAGCGAGAAAAAGGCAAAUCGGGAGCUUGGACGAGAAAAGCGAGGCCAAGACACAAAAAACUGGUAUUGCUAAUGAUUACUUUGAUCCAGAAGAACUUCCAAGAAUAAUAGAAAAGUCUAUGAAGGAAAUUUAUUUACCAGAGGGCUUUCUACAGCCUAAUAUUCCUGGAGGAUUAUCGUACGAUGCAGUUGUGUCUUUUGCAAUAUUGUCAAUAGAGAAUCCUAGUAUUUAG